AUGAAUAACCUGAAGCUGUAUUCGGAGGUCUCGUUGAAUCUCCAGUUACAGUCGAAAGAGGAGCUUAUACUCUUCUCCGCCUUCGAUAUCGAGCAGAAUCGCUUGUUCUUCGCUUCUUCCUCCAAUAACAUUUACGCCACUCACCUUUCUUCUAUCCAGCAUCAAAGAGCAUGGAGCAGAACCUCAAUAUCCGCACAAGUUCAUCAAAUUGAAUUGGAUCCUGAGGACUUCAUCACUUCCUUUGGUUACCUCAUGGAGAAAGAAGCGCUCUUGGUGGGUACAAGUAAUGGGCUUCUGCUGCUGCAUUCUGUGGAUGAUAAUGACACCCAAAUCGUCGGUGGAGUGGAUGGCGGUGUCAAGUGCAUUGCGCCUAGUCCAGAUGGAGACCUUCUUGCCAUAACUACUGGUUCUGGGCAGAUACUGGUAAUGACUCAGGAUUGGGAUUUGUUGUACGAGACCGCACUUGAGGAUCUUCCAGAAGAUGUCAACCACGUAUGUGAAACACAAUUUGAAAGCCCCAUUUCCUGGCGAGGUGAUGGGAAAUACUUUGUCACACUAAGUGAGGUGCUGGAUUCGACAUCCUUGCAUAAGAGGCUUAAAAUUUGGGAGCGACAUUCGGGAGUAUUACAUGCUGUUUCAGAAUCAAAGUCAAUGGGAUCAGUUGUCGACUGGAUGCCCAGUGGAGCAAAAAUUGCAGCCGUGUAUGAUAGGAAAUCAGAAAAUGAGUGUCCCUCAAUUGUUUUCUUUGAGAGGAAUGGGUUAGAAAGGAGCUUGUUUAGCAUUAAUGAGGAAACAAAUGCAACCAUAGAAUUUCUCAAGUGGAAUUGCAGUUCAGAUCUUCUUGCUGCCACUGUCAGAUGUGAAAAUUAUGACUGUGUCAAGGUAUGGUAUUUCAGUAACAACCACUGGUAUUUAAAAUCUGAAGUUAGAUACCCAAGACAGGAUGGAGUGAGGUUUGUUUGGAAUCCAACAAAGCCAUUGCAGUUAUUAUGUUGGACUCUCAGAGGCCAGAUUACAUCGUACGACUUCAUAUGGAAUUCAGCUGUGAUGGAUGACUCAACCGCACUAGUAAUUGAUGACUCCAAGAUACUUGUAACCCCCCUUUCUUUGUACCUAAUGCCACCUCCCAUGUACAUUUUCAGCCUUAAAUUCCCAAGUGCUGUACGGGACUUGGCUUACUAUUCCAAGAAUUCUAAGAACUGUUUUGCUGCUUCUCUGUCAGAUGGUUGUUUAUGUGUCGUAGAGCUUCCAGCCACUGAUUCUUGGGAAGAACUAGAAGGCAAAGAAUUUUCUGUUGAAGCAUCCAUUUCUGAAUCACCAUUUGGUUCUUUAUUGCAUCUGAUAUGGUUGGACCCACAUAAAAUUCUUGCUGUUUCUCACUAUGGAUUCAGUCAUAGUAAUUACGUAUCUCAAAUUUCAUCAAGUGAGGAUGGCGCUGGUUUUUAUUUGCAGGAAAUUGAGCUUAUAUGCUCUGAGGAUCAUGUCCCAGGUUCAGUGACAUGCUCAGGCUGGCAUGCCAAAGUUUCCAGCCAACACUCUCUAGAAGAGAUGAUUAUUGCAAUUGCUCCUAAUCCUGCUCGGAAAGGUUCAGCAUUUGUUCAAUUUGAUGGUGGGAAAGUUGGAAACAGUGGGUCGUUGGAGCCUUUACUUUUUGGACUUGAGGACAGUUGUAGGUUGCACGUUAGUGGGAAGAUAAUAUGCAACAACUGCAGCAGUUUCUCGUUCUACUCAAAUUUGGAUGACCAAGUGACCACACAUUUAAUUUUGGCAACUAAGCAGGAUUGUCUUUUUAUUGCUGACAUAACAGAUAUAUUGCACAGAGAGCUGGAAAUAAAAUUCGAGAACCCCAUACAAGCUGGUAGCAAGAAACGAGAAGAUAAUCGAAACUUCAUAACCAUAUGGGAAAGAGGUGCUAAAAUUAUUGGUGUUCUGCAUGGAGAUGAAGCUGCUGUUAUUUUGCAAACAACUCGGGGAAAUCUAGAAUGCAUUUAUCCAAGAAAAUUGGUCCUGGCCUCUAUUUGCAAUGCAUUGGUCCAGAGGCGUUUUAGAGAUGCACUUCUCAUGGUGAGGCGUCAUAGAAUAGAUUUCAAUGUCAUUGUUGACUAUUGUGGUUUGCAAAUGUUUCUCCAAUCAGCUUCAGAAUUUGUCAAGCAGGUUAAUAAUUUGAACUACAUAACUGAGUUUGUUUGUGCCAUAAAGAAUGAAAACAUUAGAGAGACACUAUAUAAAAGUUUUAUCUCUCUACCUUUCCCAAAAGAAGCUAAAGAUGUGCAAUCUCAAGACUCCAAGGGUUUUGAUUCUAAUAACAAGAUAUCUUCUGUGCUUCUGGCCAUAAGGAGGGCUCUUGAGGAACAAUUACCAGAAGUUCCUGCAAGGGAGCUUUGCAUUUUAACCACUCUAGCUCAAAGUGAACCCCCUGCACUUGAUGAAGCUUUGGAGCGAAUAAAAGAUAUCCGUGAAAUGGAAUUGUCAGGUUCGAAUGACCAGAAAAGAAUGUCUUAUCCCUCUGCCGAAGAGGCUUUGAAGCAUCUUCUAUGGUUAUCUGAUUCUGAAUCUGUUUAUGAGGCUGCUUUAGGCCUUUAUGAUUUGAACCUUGCAGCUAUGGUGGCUUUGAACUCUCAGCGGGACCCUAAAGAAUUUCUUCCUUUUCUCCAAGAAUUGGAAUGCAUGCCAGUUACUUUAAUGCGCUAUAACAUUGACCUAAAGCUGCACAGGUUUGAGAAAGCUCUCAAGCACAUUGUUUCUGCAGGAGACACUUGUUAUGCAGAUUCUAUGAACCUGAUGAAGAAAAAUCCUCAACUUUUCCCCUUGGGACUUCAACUGAUUGCUGAUCCUGCCAAGAAGAGGCAAGUCCUUGAGGCCUGGGGAGAUCAUCUUAGUGAUGAAAAAUGCUUUGAGGAUGCUGCUGCAACUUAUUUGUGCUGUUCCAGUUUGGAGAAGGCUUUGAAGUCAUACCGUGCUUGUGGUAAUUGGAGUAAGGUGCUAACAGUUGCUGGGCUUCUAAAACUGGGUGAAGAUGAGAUAAUGCAACUGGCUCAUGAGCUUUGUGAAGAACUUCAAGCUCUUGGUAAACCAAGUGAAGCAGCCAAAAUUGCGCUGGAGUAUUGUGGCGAUGUUAACAACGGGAUGAAUUUGUUGAUUAGUGCGAGGGACUGGGAGGAGGCCUUGAGAGUCGCUUUAAUGCACAAUAGACAGGAUUUGAUCUCUGAUGUGAAGAAUGCAUCCUUGGAAUGUGCAAGCUUGCUUGUCGGUGAAUAUGAGGAAGGUGUGGAGAAAGUAGGGAAGUACUUGGCUCGCUACUUAGCUUUACGACAAAGAAGGUUACUUCUUGCUGCAAAACUCCAGUCAGAGGAACGGUCAAUGAACGAUCUUGAUGAUGAUACUGCUUCAGAGGCUAGCAGUAAUUUCAGUGGAAUGAGUGCUUACACCACUGGGACCAGGGACAGCUCUGUCACUUCCACCAGAUCAAGUGCAGCAAGCAAGGCAAGAGAUGCCAGGCGUCAGAGAAAAAGAGGAAAAAUCCGUGCUGGCAGUCCUGGCGAGGAAUUGGCUCUGGCAGACCACUUGAAGGGCAUGUCUCUAACGACUGGAGCGAUGUACGAGCUAAAAUCUUUAUUACAUUCGCUUGUGAUGCUUGGCGAGGUUGAAACCGCAAGGAAGCUGCAAAGGGCUGGGGAAAACUUGCAACUGUCUCACAUGGCAGCAGUCAGACUAACUGAAGAUACAAUAUCCAGUGAUAGCAUAGAUGAGCAUACAGAGACUUUGGAUCAUUACACACAAAUUAUUAGAAGUGAAGUGCAGAAGAACUCUGAGGCGUUCUUUUGGCGGUGUAACGUAUUUGUUUCCCCUUAA